AGUUGUCAGCGGGUUGAAGAGGGAAAAACCGUCCGAGAUUAAGUGAUAUCCCCCCCGCUGCUCUCCCUUCUUUAUCCGUCCACCCUGAAGAAACACCGUGAAUACAGGAUAGUAUUUGCUGCUAAAUAUAAUUUCCCAUCAAUGACAUCAGCCCUUUUUCGUGCGCGCUCUUAAUUAGCAGCCGGUGAGGUGAGCGAGGCAGCAGUUCCUAGACUCUCGCGUGCAGAGCCAACAUCUUCUCUUGACUUCAGGUGACGAAAGGGAGCCACGAGGGAAUUACUAGCGACGCAUCGAUAGCUUCAAAUGCAAAAUGAUGGAUCGAUGGAGUCCAGUGCGAGAGACAUGGCUGCUGUUGAUGCUCGUCUCCGUGUUUCACACCUCAAGUGCAGCAAAGCCCAUUGAUGUCCUGAAGUUGCUGGAGCUGUCGGACGACAUGGAGGGCGUGUCGCUGGAGUCGGGGCUCUGCACCAGCCGGCAGGGAGGAGGGGAGACGGACCUCUCCUAUAAGAUCGACAGGAUUCAACUGAGCGCACCCACCAAUCAACUCUUCCCUGAUUCUCCAUUCCCGAUGAACUUCUCCGUGAUGACAACAGUCAGAGCUGUGAAAGGCUCUCAGGUCUUUCUCCUCUCCCUGUUCGACUCGGAGGGCACACAGCAGCUGGGUUUGGAGAUCGGCCGUUCUCCCGUCUUCCUGUAUGAGAACCAUGAGGGUCAGCCCCCCCCAGAGCUCUACCCCACCUUCAGAAAGAUCAACCUGGCUGAUGGCAAGUGGCACCGAGUGGCCUACAGUGUGGAGGGCGAGUCAGUGACUCUGUACCUGGACUGCGUCAGACUCGACACCCUGGAGCUGCUCAGAGGUCACGACUCCCACGUCAGCACCGAGGGGGUCACUGUGUUCGGCACACGCCUGCUAGACGAGGAAGUAUUCGAGGGAGACAUCCAGCAGCUGCUGAUAGUCGAUGACCCCCGAGCAGCAGAGACUUACUGUCAGGAUUACAUCCCAGACUGCGACGCAGCGCUGCCCUACAACAGCAUCCUCUCUGAGGCCGAGGAGGUGGAGAGGAAACCUAAGAAACAUGUGGCGGAGAGUUUGAGGAGUUUGACUACAGCGACCUGUAUGAGGACCGCUCUGUUUCCACGGCGACAGCGGGUCCUAAUGACACCGAGUACGAGAUCGUGGAGUACGAAGACUGGGACGCAGAUCACAGGAUCCUCCGGGCCUCCAGGACCAGAGGGAGAGACCGGGCCCUUAGGAGUCACAGGAUCAGUGGGACCUCGAGGAGACGCUGGAGAGCUGGGCCCUUCAGGGCGGCCAGGCCUUAACGGAGCCGAUGGGAUCCCCGGUCCCCCAGGAAACAUCAUGCUCAUACCGCUGGCUAUGAAGGGACCUCCAGGGCCACUCGGCCUCAGGGGAAGACCUGGACCACUGGGUGGACCAGGUGCCUCGGGGCUGAAGGGUGCCAGUGGAGAUUCUGGGCCAAAGGGUUCCUCACGGACCUGCCCAGGUAUCACCGGUCUGAACGGACGGUCAGGGAAAAGGGGGCAAGAGGGUACAGACGGCGGUCGAGGUGCGAUCGGAGAGACCGGAUCAAAGGGGGACAGAGGGUUCGAUGGCUUACCAGGUCUCCCUGGAAACCAAGGACAUAAGGGCUCCGAGGGGCCGCAUGGGCCAAGAGGACAACCCGGAGAUCCUGGCUCCAGAGGUCUGAACGGCCCCAGAGGUCGUGCUGGUCCCCAAGGUCAACCUGGCAUUCGAGGGAUUGACGGGGGUCAGGGUUCAAAGGGAAACAUAGGAGCCGCCGGAGAGGUCGGAGCUAACGGACAGCAAGGCAACCCUGGCAUUCUGGGUUUUCCUGGUCCUCAGGGGUUAGUAGGGCUGCCAGGAGAGAAGGGACCUCAAGGGAAGAAAGGGACGCAGGGCUUAGCUGGAAACGACGGGCCCUCUGGUCACCCCGGAAGAGAAGGGACUCCAGGGGAAAAAGGACUGCCGGGUCCUUUAGGAGUGCAGGGACCCAUUGGUUACCCCGGACAACGAGGAGUCAAGGGAGCAGAUGGAAUCCGAGGAUUAAAAGGAAGCAAAGGAGAAAAGGGGGAAGAUGGUUUCCCAGGAUCCAAAGGGGAGUAUGGCACAAAGGGGGACGCUGGAGACAACGGAGUCCUAGGAGGCCGAGGAGAAGACGGACCCGAGGGGCCCAAAGGAACGACGGGGACUCUGGGAGAAUUCGGACAAUCGGGUACCUCUGGAGAGAAGGGUAAACUGGGAGUUCCUGGACUUCCAGGAUAUCCAGGGCGACUGGGGCCGAAGGGCUCUGAUGGAUUCCCUGGUUCAAUUGGAACUGCAGGGGAGAAAGGGAAGAAAGGUCCCGCAGGACAACAGGGAGGCGCAGGCCAGAGGGGUCCCAACGGUGCGCGAGGUGGCCGAGGGGCGAAGGGGCCAACAGGGAAAUCAGGAGAAAAGGGCAUCUCCGGAAAUGAUGGACCCCCAGGAUCUGGUGGAGAAAGGGGACCUCAAGGGCCGCAAGGAAGGAAUGGAGAGACAGGACCGAAAGGCACAAGCGGUCCUUCAGGGAAAGACGGACUUCCAGGUCAUCCAGGUCAAAGAGGAGAGCCGGGUUUCCAUGGGAAGACGGGGCCUCCGGGACCCUCGGGUGUAGUGGGGCCACAGGGCAAAUCAGGUGAAACUGGUCUAAUCGGGGACCGAGGUCACCCGGGGGCGCCAGGUGUUCCCGGAGAGCACGGUCUACCUGGGGCUGCUGGGAAGGAAGGUGGAAAGGGCGAUCCGGGUUUGCUUGGGACUUCUGGGAAGAACGGUCCUGCUGGAAUGAAAGGGUUCAGGGGGAGCAGAGGACCCACCGGACUCAUAGGACCUCCUGGUCUGAAAGGAGGGUCCGGACCUACUGGAUUAUCAGGAGGAAUAGGGGCCUCAGGUGAGCGGGGCCCUUCAGGUGCCGCCGGGGCCAUCGGACAGCCAGGCCGGGGCGGAGCCAUCGGAGGACCUGGACCGAUGGGAGAGAAGGGCGAGCCUGGAGAGAAGGGUCCGGUAGGUCCUGCCGGUCACGAUGGAGAGCAGGGGCCUAUGGGGAUGAUGGGAGCUGUGGGCCCCGCGGGACCUCCAGGAGACGACGGGGAUAAGGGAGAGCUGGGAGAGUCCGGGCAGAAAGGGGGCAAAGGCGACAAAGGAGAAUCUGGCCCUUCAGGUCCAAUCGGCAUUCAAGGUGUAGUUGGUCAGUCAGGACUUCCGGGUAUAGACGGACUGCUGGGCCCCCGGGGUCAGCAGGGCAUGUACGGCCCAAAAGGAGACGAGGGGCUCCGCGGCUUUAAGGGCUCCAGAGGACCAUUAGGAUUACAGGGAAUGCCCGGCCUGCCAGGAGAGAAGGGUGAGAGCGGACAUGGGGGAUUAAUGGGUCCACCUGGUCAACAAGGCCCCUCUGGUCCCCAAGGACCUGUUGGAGGACAGGGUCCGGCUGGUAGGCUGGGGAUGAUAGGAACGCCGGGUGUUGUUGGUGAGAAGGGGGAGGACGGAGAGGCGGGUGACCCCGGAGCCACAGGUCUUCCAGGAAGCAUGGGAGGAAAAGGAGACCAGGGGGAGAAGGGAGACACUGGUCUUUCAGGAGCAGCGGGUCCUCCAGGAGCCAGGGGCCCAACAGGGGAGGAUGGAGCCAAGGGCAACUCUGGUCCUCCAGGUCUCACCGGGGACCUCGGACAGCAGGGAGAGGCUGGACCCAAUGGAGUGGAUGGUGUGGCGGGGACCAAAGGAGACAUAGGAGACACCGGGAAAUCUGGACCACCAGGAGCGGCAGGAGAACAAGGACCGUCUGGAUCUCCUGGGCGAAGGGGCCACUUGGGAAAAUCAGGAAAGGGAGGAAAGGCCGGCCUGAAAGGAACAAAGGGGGAAGCUGGUUUCGAAGGCCCCGUAGGAAAGACAGGGCCCGUAGGUGCUCAGGGAUACGCCGGAAAGACCGGCCCUCAGGGUUUGAGAGGGAUCCACGGCCCUGGAGGUGAACAGGGUUUAAACGGAGCACCUGGCCAAACAGGACCCCCAGGCCCCAUGGGUCCAACAGGAUUACCAGGAUUUAAGGGAGACCACGGCAAGAAGGGAGACAAGGGUCACGGGGGUUUAAUAGGUCUGAUAGGUCCGCCAGGAGACAUCGGAGAGAAGGGGGACCGAGGACUGCCAGGAAACCAGGGACAGACGGGGCCCAAAGGAGAUGAGGGUGGAGUUGGUACAUCAGGUCCCAUCGGCCCCCCCGGCACCUCGGGUCUGUCCGGUGCUAUUGGUACAAAGGGCUCUAAAGGAAACCAGGGUCCGAUUGGUCCCAGAGGAGACCUCGGGCCAGCCGGACUUCCAGGACUACCAGGAAAGCCAGCAGUCAGCAUCUCCCCUCUGCCAGAGCGAGGACGCAGGAGGAGAACCAACUCCUUGGUGGACGGUGCUGCACUUGAAGAGGAGGAGGAGCAAACAAGGGAUGGAGGAGAGGAUGAAUGGAUGCAGGCGGACCAGGCAGAGCCGGACGCCUGGAUGAAGGAGACGGAAGGCAAAGGCAUGGAGGAGGUGUUUGCGUCUCUGUCCUCGAUGAAGGUGGAGGUGGAUGGUUUGAGAAACCCCCAUGGGACGUACCUCAGCCCGGCCCGAACCUGCAAGGAGCUCUGGCUCCUCCACCCGGAUCUCCCCAACGGUGACUACUGGAUAGAUCCAAACCAGGGUUGCCAUAGAGACUCAUUCAAGGUGUUUUGUAACUUCACCGCAGAGGGAGAUACGUGUCUUUACCCUACCAAGAAGUUCCAGUCGGUAAAACUAGCAGCUUGGAAAGGGGAAAAGUCUAACACCUGGUACAGUAAAUUCAGGAAAGGAAAGCAGAUUUCCUACUCGGGAGCGGACGAGGUCCCGGUCCACGUGGUCCAGCUGACCUUCCUGCAGCUGCUGAGCGCGACGGCCAAGCAGACGUUCACCUACCACUGCCUGAACUCGGCCGCCUGGCUGCACGCCGCCUCCUUCAGCCACCAACACGCACUGCGCUUCAGAGGCGCCGACGGGGAGGAGCUGACACACGAGAACACACAUUACAUCAGUGCGCUGUACGACGGGUGUCAGACGCGCUCGGGGCAGGAGAGGACGGUGUUUGAAUUUGACGCUCCACUGUCCACCACGCUCCCAAUCAUCGACGUGGCCGUGCCAGAUUUUGGGAAGGGGAACCAGAAAUUCGGUUUCCAAGUCGGGCCGGUCUGCUACAACGGUUAACAAGCCGGAGGAGAUUACAACAGGAGUAAUUUAAUUGUGAAAAGAGCCAUGGACACUUUUUACAUGCAGGGAGAAAACUACAUUCAAGACUUACCUGGUGCCACAUAUUUAUAAGUAGAUUUACCUACAACAGUGUUCCUUCGUGUAAACAUUCUGUCAUACGGACAUUUAUUCACUCUCCUUAAUUCAUCUUAUUCAGCUCAUGCAUUCUCACAACUGACUUGCAUAUCUUGUUUUCGAGAGCAGUGAAGCGUAAAUGUAUUGACACAUCCUCAGUUACACACAUUUCAUUUGUCUGUCUUUCCUCUUUCAAGAAGUGGUGCUCUCACUGUUUUAUCCUUGUCUGUUUAUGCAUUUAUUGAUCUAUGCACUCAUUCCCAUCCAUAAAAGACCUUUCACCAAACCUUAUUAUUACUGAAUUAUCCUGAAAAAUACAAAAACACCACAUUUCAGCAACAUUCACCCACCAUGUUUUUCUGUUAUAUCAUCCAACCUCAAUUUGCUGUCUUGUUUUUGUAUGUUGUUGUAAUUUUGUUGUUAUGAUUUUCUGUUAUCAGAUGUAUACUGGAGUGUUAUUCAUCACGGUGCUAUUAUGUGGCUCCUUGUGGAGUACAUUUAUUUGUAAAGGGGAAGUGGGGCAGUGCAUUUUUUUUAUAUUGUGAAGCGUGUUUUAUAUUUUUUCAACACCUAAAAACAAACUGUGGCACAUUCUUGCCUCAAGGUCUUUCUAUGCAUAGUUGUGUGGGGGAAAUGACGGAGUAACAUAUUUUAAUAAAAGUACAAAAUGUACAUUUAAAUUAAGAUAUUGAGAUUUAGUUUUGUUGAAUAUGUUAGUUAAGUAGAGGAAAGCAAAGAAAGACAUCCACUGCUCUACAGCUUGAAAUUCCCUUCUGUGUCUCUUUUAUGUCUGCAUUUUGAUCUGUUUUUCAUAAUAUUCACCCUGCACUUCUCUUUCCAACGAUACAGGGGGCCUGAUGACUGCAUCAGUAUAAUUUUAAUUAAAAAGCCUCAAGUUUU